GCUGUCAUCUACAAUAGGAAUUACAUUUUAAAAUAAUACUCAACAAAAAUUAUUAUAUAACAAUAAGAUAUUUACUACACAUAAGAAAAAUGAACUGUAAUAAUAAAAUUAUUCCGAUACCAAUUGAAUAUUGGCCAAAUUUAAUGAAUAUGUAUAAAAUUGAUUGGCCAAAACAUUUAUUAACAUUUUAUACAAUUAAAAAUUAUAUUGAUUGGAAAAAUAAUCCUGAAAUAGAAGAAGAAGCAGAGGAAUUUCAAUUUUAUUCAUUGAAUGGUGAUUGGAGUGAUGGUACCCAUGCGAUUAUUGAUAAGAGCAAUCAUGUGAUGUUUAAUACUUUAAAUGAAAAUUUUAAAAAUUUAAGUGAUUUACUACAACUAUUAUUAUCUAUAGAAAAUUUCUAUUUAAUUAUAACACCGGGUGAAAUUGAAUGUGAUGUUAUAAAAUUUGUAAAUAAAUAUAAUCUUAUCAUUGGUGACGGUAAUGCAGCUUAUCUUUAUCAUUUAAAUAAAGAGAUAGCUUUAAAUUUUGAUAUCAGACCUCCAAGUGGAUAUAAAAUUAAAACGUUAUCAGAAGAACAUGCAAAUUUUAUUAAUAAUUUAUGGAAAUAUAAACAUUCUGGCUCAGAAGAAUAUUUGAAAAAAUUAAUUCAAAGAAAUUUGAAUUUGGGAGUUUUUGAUGAAAAUGAUUGUCUUGUUGCAUGGUGCCUUAGAGUAGAAUAUGGUCUAUUGGGAACACUACAAGUGGUUGAUACACAUAAGAGAAAAGGAUUAGGAUCAUUAGUAGUAAAAGCAUUAGCAAAACUUUCAGCCGAAAAUAAUUUUGAUUCUGCAGCUUCAGUGGAUAUUCCAAAUAUAUCAUCGAAAAAAUUAUUUGAAAAAGUUGGGUUUGAACAAUUCGGUAUGAUGCGUUAUAUUUAUUUGGUACCAAAAGUUGAAUAAAAUUUUUCAUUAAAAAAAAUGUUUUUGUACUACUGAGCGUAUUUAAUAAAUUUUG